CCACGAUACAGGCCGUUUGCAAAACAAAAUAACACAAUAACUAUAACCGUUUUUGUAGUGAUAGAUAAAAUAUGCGUUGCGGGUGUGAACGUGGCUGCAGAAGGAAAGUGUGUACGGAUAUGUGAAACCAGUAGAAAAAACAGCGGCAAUCGGCGCGCGGUACUCCCUAAGCGGUGUUCGGCGGGCGAAUGAUUCUUGGAUUGGCUGCAGGCCGCGCUACCGAAGCCCUGGGCGGAGGGGCGAGGGUCCCCGUCCUUGCAUCGCUACAUGUCGCUCCGCUCCACAGUCGCCGUCCGGUGUCGACAGAGACGAACAAAGAAUAGCUAUAAUAAAGAACUAUAACCACACAGGGCACAUUGGAGCUCUUCAAAAUGAGCGUAGCCAUAUUGGUGUAUAGCGGAGUUUAGAAAUAAAGUUUAUUGAAUUUGAUAUAGACUCUACAGCAAUCAAUAUGGAGUCGGAAUACGAUCAGAAGUUCGAGGAUAUGAAGAAGUACAUUCCAUUCUUGGAGAGUAUGAUCAAAAGAUUGGAAAGUACGAGCUCGUUAUCAGCGAAUCCUCGCCAAGCCCAGCUCGAUAAAAUAAGAUCUCUUAGAGAUUUACUAAUGGAUAAGAAGAAAAGGAUGAAAAUGGAAAAUUUGCUGAAAUGUGAACAAGUUUUGAUUAAUUUGUACGCCAAAGUUGAACAGAGAGACACCCAACCAACUGCUAAACAGAAGUCAGGUGAAAUUGAUUCCUCCAGAAUGGACAGCAAUUCACAAUUGGAGAUAGUAAGAAAUAAGCUCAAACGUGUAAUAAAAAUACAAGAUGGCGCAGAUACAUUGCCGGAAAUUGUUAGAGCGAGUGACGUCGAAGACAUUUGCAUGAGGGGUAGUGUAGAACCUGCUCUAUUUCAAAGAAGACCACACAGAAAAUCGCCUACUCUUUCAGACGUCUCUUCUAGUUCGCAAGAGAAAAAGAAAUCUCCAGAACAAAAUUCUAAACGGAAAUAUACACGCGUAUUAUAUUCGCCAGAGCCAAGUACGAGAACAAGACCAACAAAUCAAGAAACCUCAUUAGAUCCAGUCCUUUUUAGUCGAAGAUCGCCCAAAAAGUCUUCUUCGCACAGCAAAAAAGAUUCAAAAAAGGCUUCCAGUACCAAAACAUCGUCGAAAAAAACAAAAGAUUUAAAUAUAACAUUAAAUGUACCGGAAGAAAGUUUAAAUUCCUUGAAUACAAAAGACAUAUUGUCGAGAAUUAUUACUUGUAAUGACAACGAUGUUGAUAUUGAAACUCUGAGAGGACUUAGAACGCAAAUACUCAGUGAACUUAAACAAACCGGUGCCAAUGACGAUAUUUCGGACCUUAUAUUAAAGUCAUACGCUGAAAAAAAAACCGUUAAACCUAAGGAGGAAAUAGAAGAAGGAGAACUGUCUGAUAGUGAAAGCGAAGCAAUAGAGAGUAUUUAUGGAAGUUUAGUGCUUGUCGAGAAAGAUAAAACGAAGAGCGAAGUGAAAUCUAUCCAAGAAAGUAAUCAACCGCGUAAAAUACAAAUUUGUCUAGUUAUCAACUCGAAAGAAAGUGAAUCUUCCAAUAAGACGUCAUCAAAACAAAUCCAAAAUACCAUUGAUGAUGAAUGUGACUUAGAGAUGUUUAUUGAUACAGAGAGUAAGAAAAUAGAGCCGAAGAGUGAACAAUUUCCUAAAGAAGAAAAAGCUAAAUCCACAAUCGAUACGAUAAAUGAUUCUACAGCGGAUGUGCUCGUUAUAGAUGAUGAUGACCCAGUUGAAAUUAAACAAGAAUCGCAGAAUAUAAAAAAAACCGAUACCAAAAAAAAUGAUGAUAAAGAUAUAAUUGGAACUGCUACAAAGGAUGAUAAGGUUGUUGAUAAAAAGCGAGUGAGUGAAGCGAAUAAAGACGUCACGAGUAAGAAAACAAGUGAUAAGAUUGUUCAUAAUAAAGAAGCUAAUUUAAUAAUUAAAGAUGUAGUGAAUAAGAAAACAAGUGAUAAGCUUAUCGAAAAAGAUGAAACUAUUGAAAAUAAGGAUAUAAAAAGCAAGGAAAAAACUGAGGACGUUUUUAAUAAAAAAUACGAUUGUGAAAAAACUAACGAUGGGUCUCCAGACAAAAUUAAAGAUAAUAAUACAAAAUCUGAUUCAUCUCUUCUAUUUAAAGCUAACUUUUAUAAACCGAUAUUAGAAGAAGAAAAUGCAGGGUCGCCUGAUAGCUCAGUUGUAAAUCAAAAAGACAAUAGUAUUUUACCCCUUGAAACUUCGAAGUCGUUAUGUACUGAUAUAUCAAAACUAAUUAACAAGAAUGAAUGUGUUGAAAUCCCCUUGUUGAACGAACCUAUUAUUUCUAAGAAACCUAUAGAAAAAGAUAUUGAUUCUCAAAUCGACAUUUUGCAGGCACUUAAAAACGAAAUAUUGAGUGAUAAUAUAAUGCCCACAUCACGUCUCGAUGUUGUUACACCCCCACUUCACCAACCUAAGCUUACCAAAAUGUCCCAUGAUCAGGGACUUAUGCCCAAAAAGAGAAUAUCUAUUGAAAAAUAUAAGGAAAAAACAACACCCGUAACGUUGAGCCUUUUUCCUAGUGGUAAGCUUAAGUCGCCACUUAGAGAUGACGGUGUUAAAAAGCAAAGUUUAAAAUUAACGGAAAAAGAAUGUGAAAGAUUUAAUUUUCCUGCAAAAUUAGAUAUCAAUGAUGAAGUAAGUUCUGAGGACGAAGUGCGAAAGGGAUCAGAUAUGACAAUUGAUGAGAUAUAUUCCAAUUUUGCUCCAAAAUCACCAGAUCACGAAGAUACACGGUUUAUAGGAAAAACGCAACCAGUCAUUAUACCUAUUGAUCCGGUUAAGGCGUCAAUAGUAAAUGUUAAAGCAGAUGUCGAUAUGAGAACAUUGUUGCCUCUGCUAUCCCCCAAGGAAACUUCAGUGGCUGGUAAUACAACACCAUCAUCUUCUACUUUCCAAAAGAGUAAAGAUCUUAAUAAGCAAGAAAUGAAAAUAUCUAAAUCAACGACUUUUCCGAGUAACAAUUUUGGUCCUAAUAUGACUCCUAGAAGUUUUGAGGUAAAUCAAUUAUCUGACUUUAACACUACUAAUUCGCCCCGCCAGCACGUAUAUGCUCCUUCCUUUUCUUUGUGCGAUUCGCGUGAUGCAACUGAACGCUCAGUUUUGAAUGAUGUGAGUUCUCCACUCGAUUCAGAAAUAAACAUAGGAAUGCGAACAUCUCGUCGGAAUGAUAAUGAUCAUGAUUCAAGAGGUAAUAUUUCACAUGCUGAUAAACACAGUGACAGGUCUUCGGUGAGCAAAAAUGAUGAUAGUAUGCAGGGUCAUGAACCUAUGACACCUUUACCUGUAUUUGGGUGGUCUGAAAGCCUAUCUACGCCUAAUUCAUUUGUAAUGUCUGAAGGACCGAAACCACUUAUGAAUUUUGGAAGACUAGAUCGUCCCACAACGCCGAAUCAUCCCUUUGGUAGAAAUGAUUGCCCUACGACCCCGAUACACCCAUUCGGCCGAUCAGAUUGUCCUACCACCCCAAUACAUCCAUUCGGCCGCUCAGAUUGUCCUACGACCCCAAUACAUCCAUUCGGCCGCUCAGAUUGUCCUACGACCCCAAUACAUCCUUUCGGCCGGUCAGAUUGUCCUACGACCCCAAUACAUCCAUUCGGCCGAUCAGAUUGUCCUACGACUCCAAUACAUCCAUUUGGACAAUCUGAUUGUCCUUCAACACCGAGUCAUCCAUUUGGAAGGUCGGAUAUACCACCAGCAUCAAGCCAUAUGUUCGGGAGGACUGACUGCCCCGCAACGCCUAGUCACCCGUUUGGAAGAAUGGAUUGUCUGCCAACACCAAACAAUCCCUUUGUAAGAAUGGAUUUUCCUGUUGCGCAAAGUCAAACAUUUGGAAUGUCGGAUUGUCCUACCACGCCUAGUCAUCCAUUUGGCAGAUCUGAUUGUCCUCGAACACCUAAUCAUCCUUUCGGGAUUUCAGAAUGUCCAAACACACCUAGCCAUCAUUUUGGCCAUGUUGACGGUAGCACGACUCCGAACUACUCAUUUAGUAGAGCAGAUCAAACCCAAAAUACGUCCAUUAACCAACAGUAUUCAAAAGAUCCAAGAUUAAACAGACGUUCCGAAUCACGACCCCAACGCGAUGAAAGAGAUAACAGGAAUUAUAGUAACAGACGUUUUAAUACGGGAAGUUAUUACCAAACGCCAAAUAGAUCUUAUGGUAGAUCAGAAUCCUAUAGAAAUUAUGACAGAGAUGAUGGACGUGACAGAGAGAGAAGUAGAUCGACGUCACAAAAUGAAAAAAGUUUUGAGUGUGCAAGGUCUAAGGAAAAUAGAGGAUAUGUUUCAGAUAAACGAGGGUCAUAUUAUGAUUAUCGAUCGAGGCGUGGAGAAAGAGAUCCAGACGAUAUAUAUCGACGAGAUAAAAGCGUAGGACGGGACCAAGGGACUCAAGAAAAUUUACCAUCUCGGUCUAGAGCCCACAGUGUCAGUAAAAACGAUAACAAGGAAAAAGAAAACGAUAACAGGCUUUCGGUUAAAUCACACGCGGGGCGAUCUUUUACUAUUGACACAAGUGUAAAUUCAACAUUCCAAGAUAUAUUAAAAAAGAAAGGAUUAGACGUAGUUGAUCAAUCCUUCGAUUCACGCAGACAACGAGCAUCAAGUUUGGGACGUUCUGACUCUUGUUUCGAUGCAGAUAGAACAAAGAUGCAAUUUGCUGAUGAUUCGAAAUACAGAAGUAAGACUUACAAACGUGCUUCUAGCGUAGGAAAGGAUUUGUUAUGUGACAAAAAUGACAGUUACGAGAAAGUAAAAACGGACUUGAAAAACUAUCAAAAGAAUCUUAUUAGUCAGAACGAAAAGCAACCAGUUACAAAAACUCUAAUAUCAGAAGAUAAUAAAGUUGAAAAAAAAUAUACUGAUAGUACAAAACAUAAGUCUGUGCCUAGUACCACAAAAACAAGUAAACAGGCAUAUUCCCCUAAAAAAAAUUAUCGAGAUCCACGCAUGCGCAGGGAUUAUGAAGAUAAAAAUAGCUGUCGGAGCAGUGGACACUCUUAUGACAAAAAGAAACAUGGAAUUAAUUAUUCUAAUGAUAAUCUCGCCAAAGGUGCGGUUUUGGGAUCGGGUUAUGGUGUAAAGAAUUAUAAAAUACCAAAAAUAAAACGAGUUAUUAAUGAUGAUGAAGUUAAGCAGGUCGAAGAAAAAAAUGUUCCAGUUGAAAGAACAGUAAAUAAAGUUGAUUCAAAAGCCAUUAUAAGUAAGAAACAGUAUUUAAAUGAUGAACAAAACACUGCGCUAGAAGAAAGUCCAGGAAGGAGGAUAACAAGGUCUUUAAAAAAGGAUAAAACGGCGGAUACUUCCACUAAACGUGAUGGAUUUGAGGUUAGAAAAUCAAAGAGGGUUGUAAUAUACGACUCAAGUUCAGAUUCAGAUUUAGAGUCAAAAAACAAAGACUCCGUGGAUAGUGAUAUUCAAUCGAAUGCCGCAAAGGAACCUAGUAAAUUAGAAUAUUUUGAAACUAAUAAAAAUGAACAGACCGCAAAAGAUUCGACAACAUUUGACAACCAAUCACUUUUUGAUAAAUUUGUGUCAGAUCCCGUAAUUGAUAAUAUCAAUGCUUUAAUAGCAGACCUAGAUCAUCACAUAGAUAACUCUACAACUAAGGAAAGUGAAAACUUAAACAAAGAUAUAGAUAUGGACUUAGGUAGUACUGAUAAUUCGGAAGAAAUAUCUUUAUCAAAAGAACUCACUUUAGAUUCUACUAAGAAAGAUAUUACUGCACAAACGAAUGUUGUAGAAGAGUCAAUUAAAAAUGAUAUGCAAGAAAAGGUUGUUAGCUGCGUUAAUACGUCAUCUAAUACCUCGCUAUCAAAUUUAGAUGCUACUAAUAAUGAAAUGCCAAUUAUUCAAGAAACGAAAGACAUUAAUAUUAACAAAAGCCAAGAUGAUGAUCAUAAAAUUUCUAAAUUGGAUUCAGAGAUACCAAGUGACGACAAAAUUGUCGCAGAUAUUAACAAAAUGAACACAAAUAAUGACGCGAUAGUCUCAACUACAGAUAAUGGUAAAGAUAUUAAUAACACUGCACUUGAGGAUGAGAAAGUGAAGCCUGUUGAAAACCUGGACGUAAAUUACGAAACAUCUGCGGCUGACAGCACAAAUGAGGUAACUAUAGGAAAGACCAAAGAACAGAAUUUACCAGAUAGUACGAAUGACAUGCAUAAUGAAAUGAAUUCUCUUGUUUCAUCCUCACUUAGUUCCGCGGAAACAAAGGAUUUUGUAGACCCUAACUUGUCACAAGAUCCCGUACCACCUCUUGAUUCAAUAGGCAGUCUUUUGUCAAUAUUACAAGACAAGUCCAAAAUACAUCAACUUCUUAAUAUGCUUGGAGAACAAUCUGGUGAUAACGACAAAAUAAAGAGAAAGUUAGAAAAACUCAGUGAAAUAGCUUCCGACGACGAAGAAGAAGUUUCUGAGCAGACAGUGAACAAAACAGAAAUUUCGCAUGUUACCAAUAAAAAAUCUGUUUCAGAGAUAAGCAAAGCUGUUGUUGAUGAAAAAACUAGCUUACUAAUAUCUUAUAAUGAUCAAGCUGACAAUAAAAUAGACAGCGAAGAACCAGCAAUACAUGAUGCGGAAAGUAAUGAAAAAAAUGUUGGAGACACAUUGAAUCGUGAAUCAGAUGAUCAGGUUAUGACUAAAGAUAGCAAAGAUUUAAAGGAUGAAACUGAAACAGUUUUGAUAAAGAAAGGGAAAGGACCUAGAAAAGGUAAGGGAAAAUUCGCUAAGGCAAAAAAAACGCAACGUACAACGCGUGCAGGGACUGGGGUAGUUACAAAAAAGCCGACGAUAAAAAAGCCGUCUAGGGAAUUGUUAAAGCUACGAGAAGAUAUUAAAGAAAUGUUCUUGACUGAUGAAAUGUUAAAUUCAACUGGCAUUAGAAUGUGUCGGUUAGCAAAGUUAGUAGAUGAAAAAAGUACUAAUCGGAAGGAAGAGACAACACCAUCGGAGCCAAAACCAGUUGUUGUUUUAGAAAAAUUUAAAAAUAAGAACAAAACUGAAGAGUCACUUGUAACAGACAAAAUAACUAAGAAGAAAUCAUUACAGAAAGUUAAACGUAAAGUUUCGUCAUAUGAUGAUAACACAACAAAUGAAGAAUGUAGUACAUCUCCUAGUAAAUCAAAACUUUUAUUGAAAAAUAAUUCAGUGCCGAUAAAAGACAAAUCAAAGGCAAAAGCUUCUAAACAAGAAGACAUAGAUCCUUAUCAGUUUGAAGUAGAUUGUGUUGACACAAGUACGCCAAAGGGGAGUGACUCUGAGGAAGCAUCAGAUGAUGAGAUCAAUUCAUUAGGUUCGUCAAAAAGUUAUGGAAGCAGUGAAUUAUUAGCAGAUCUAAAAAAAGCCAAACCUAAACGUCGAGGUAAAUCAUGGCAAACUGGCGUUAUUAAGACUAAAUCUAAAAAGAAGAAACAAGCUAAACCGGCUGAAAAAACUUCAGAUAUUGGGUCGUUGAAUAAACGAAGUAAUAUUGUUAUACCAGACAGUCAAUGUUUUGUCGAUAAGUUUUAUUGUUUCGAAAAAAAUGUUACUUCAUACUCAUGUCGUUUGUGUGAAUACAAUGGCGAAGACAUUGUUCUCCACUAUAAAAAACAACAUCCACACACUGAAAUACCUCUGUCACGAAUGAACCCGGGAAUAGCUAAAGAAGCCAUCGAACAAUGCCAAGAAGUCAAUUUCCCGGCCAUAAGUAAAAUAUCUACGGAUAGAUAUGUAUGUAGAUUCUGUUUCAAAGAAUUUUCAAAAAAUAAAGCAGUACUGGAAACUUUCUUCUGGCAUGUCGUUAGUAUGCACACAGGUGAAUAUAAACAAACGUGUUCGGAAUGUGCAAAUGAAACUUGUCAUUUCACCUUAGACAUACCGCCUCCUCCCAAAGAUAAUACCGGGCAACUCAUAGGUUACCUGUGCGGUAAAUGUAAUUUUACGCAAGUAUCAUUAGAGAAUCUUAAAACGCACGUGAUUGGCCGUCAUAAUGAUGAACAGACAGAUGUUUACACAAUCAACUUAGCUGCGAUGACAAAAAAGAUGUUAAAGACACUUGCAAAACAUCAAGCAACGAUAGCGCCGCGUGUUUUAAGAAGUUCGCAUUCAAAUCGAAGCAUUAGCGAAUCUACUGAUGAGCAGAAAAAUGAUGAAACAGAUGAAAUUGCCGAUACCUCUGCCGUUUCGGAAUUGGCCUCAGAAAAGGAAGAAAAAACGAUCACUGUUAAAACUGAAAAGAAAAGUAACAUUACGUCUAUGCAAUCAAAAAUCACUUUCGAAAACGAAGAAAACUUACCACUUCCAUCCAACAUGGAGGUCAAUUUUGGUUCAGUAGAAAUAAAGAAAGAAACUAUCGAGCUGCCAGUCACUGACCCGCCAACUCGUGUAUCAGAUCCUGUAGAACCGGAUGUUACGGAAGCCAGCAAAACACAAAAUGACACCACUUUACCUGACGAUAUCAUGCUACAUGCUCAUUUCAAAAUUUGUUACAAAAAAUCUGGCGCUAAGGAAUAUGUCUGUUGUAUUAAUGGAAACGACAAUCAUUACAAAACAACUUUGUUGAUAUCUCUGAAAAAACAUGUUCAAACCAAACACAACGAGCGUUGGGAUGGCUACUGCAUUCUGUGCAAAGUGAUUGUGACGACCCAAGGUGUACAUAAUUUCAGAGACUGCCUACACCAUUUCCUUGAUAAACAUAUGGGUGAAUUCCCAGAGUUAGAAGUACCCACCGAAGUACUAAGUACUCCUACUGAAUCGUUAAAUAAUGAUCUUCCAAGUAACAGUUCAAAUAUUACAGAUGUUUCUAAACCAUAUAUAAAUGUACGUCCAUUAAAUCAACUGAUAUCUAGCCGCCUAGAAACCGAUAUUCGCGAAGAUAGCCCAGUACAAUUUCCUAAAAUACAAAGCGUGGUGAGCCUCGGGGGUCAAGUAGGCCUAUCGAGCGCAAGCCCUAGCUAUCCAUCAGUUUUGAGUACAGAGGUACAAGAAGACAAGCAGUACAGGUACGAAGAUUGGCAAGCAGAAAUAAUGUCUAAGAAACAUCGCGUAGUUCUGAACGCAAUGAUGGCUGAACAGAAAUUAGUUAAGGUGUUUAAAUGCACUGGCAAGUUUUGUUCUUUCACAACUGACGAUGCUGAAUUUGCGCUUCUUCACGCCACAACCCACCAGCGUAUUGGUGGUGAGGGCGCGCUCAACUGUUCUUAUUGUGAUUUCGAUGCCUCCCACAACGGGAUUGACUUGGUCAUGCACGUGUUCCAAGCACACGGAAAUUGCUCUUACUCGUGCAAAUUGUGCUUCUAUAGAGCUGCCUCUAGCCAGUUAGUGAGCUCUCAUAUCAGUAGAUUGCAUAGUGAGCGGCAGUCUUUUGAUGCUAUCCUCCAUACAAAUACUAUGACUGCAACGGCUAAGGAUGAUAAUUUGAUGUCGAGGGAAGCAGCCGUGCCUAGCUACGUAUGUGGACAUUCCUCUUCUGAAGAUGGGGCCGGUGGUUGUAAUUUCCGGACGUACACUCCGACACAGUUUGCGGAACAUUUAGUGCGACAUCAGGCUCCUUAUCCAUGCAGUAUAUGCUCGAUCGCCGUACAGUCCCCUUCUGAAUUAGUCCAUCACAUGAAGAUCCACGGUUUGCGGUUGUAUCAAUGCACGUCAUGUGUGUUCGGUGCCGAUAAUGAACCGGAAAUGUUAGCCCACGCGUCCUCCCGCCACCCGGACAAAUUACCGCAGGCAUACCUCCGAGUUGUUACCAACAAGGAUGGUUCUUCCGAAAUUAGGGUUUUGCCACGAGCGAUCUUAAAUAACUAAAAAGUACCAUUUAGAGACGUCACAUCCAAAGAUAAUGACAACCCUGUUAGAGAAGCGGAAAGAUCUCUGGCGUUGGAAAAACUUAUUGGUCAUACCGAAGCUAUGACUUCCAUUGAACCAAUAGAGUCUACCACAGAUGAGAAUAACGACGGUGUAUCUGCUGAUCCAGGAAUUAUUGAAGAUAGUGAAGUUCUGCUUACAGAAAACAUGGAACAUGACGUCAUGGCACCUCCAGCACUCCUGCCUCACUCAUCCCCUAGGCCCAAUGAGUUGGAAAUUACCGAGGAUCUGAAACACAAAAGUGAAGACAAUAGCGUAAGUUCUAUUAAGACCGAACCCGGAGUUGAGACGAAGAAUAUCUCCUCGGACACAGUAGUUUACUGCUUGGAUAGCGACGAUGACGAGCCCAAAUCACGUGUUAUAGAUAUAUCUGAUGACGAUCAUACUAGCGCACCCACAACUGCAAAGAGUUCACAGCUAGAAGUGCCACGUGAAUAUAAAAAAGUCCCAUUGGAUAGCUUGUUCAAGUGUCCAAAAUGUUAUAUAUUUGUCCGAAAUGUUACAGGGUUUAAGAGGCAUCUCUUUACAUGUGUUGGCACGAAACCCUUCACCCUUGGUGUCGUGCAAUGUCCUCACGGAAUCUGCAACACUCACCUCGGUAGUAUUGCAGAGAUAGCUGAACACUACUUAAAAAAUCACGCCGAUCGCAAAAUUACAAUCUAUGCCUGUGGUGUUUGCAAAGAAAAGUUUAGAUCGGCGACAUUGACCAAAAAACACAUGAAGACAACGCACAAAUCAUUCAAUUUCGCCGCUAAUGCUCCAAUAUCGAUUGAAGGAGACAAUAGGGUUUACACUAUUAAUGAAUCGGCACAGAGAGCAACACAAAAAAGGAAGUCAUCUUCCGACUCCUCAAAAUUGAAACGCUACGGGCCACAGGACAUCGAUCAACUGCCGAUAAACCCGAUUCUGGACAGUUUGGUGUAUUGUGCCUUGUGCGAGUUCAACACUAAGGUGCGGCUCAACUUGGUGCGGCACCUGCAGCUCCACGCGGAGCAACAGCCCGUACCCGACACAGCGCCCGUCAACCCUGUACCACACCUCGAGUCAAACGAGCGGCACUUCGACAAGAUGGUCAACCUCGCUUCCAGCUCCAUCAUCAAUCGCGCACAGGAGAAGCCGACCAGAUCAGAUUUGCCUCCUGUCUCUCUUCUGGUUCCUGACGCUUCUCGAUAUCCCAAGUACGUUCCCGACCGCUUACGAUACACUUGCGGCGCUAAGAGUUGUUCUUACAUAUCGCUGGACGAAGUCAUGCUCCGCAUCCAUUGGGAGACGCUUCACUCCAACUCUAACGAUUAUCUCUGCGUGCACUGUCCGCCGCACCAGCAUACCGACAUGAACAAACCGUUAUCAGCGGUGCGAAUUAUCGGACAUUUGAAGAUGCAUGAGGAAAAUCUUUAUGCUUGUUCAAGUUGUAAUUUCUAUCAUUGCAAACGUGCAAUAUUGGAGAAGCAUCUGUCGAAGUGUCCUAAUGACCCAAAAGAGGCGCAGGUGAUGGUAGUGAGAGAAGGCGGUGUGACGCCUGUCCCGGUGCCGACCCCGCCCGCCACCGUCUCCGCUUCCGCGCCAACCAUGGAUUUGAAGCCGUGGCAGUGUGGGCUUUGCAGCUUCAAAAGCAUGCUCCGACCGGAAGUGACCGAACAUUGCUUCAAAAUACACCAGUCAAAAAUGCAAUACAAGUGCAACUACUGCCCGUUUAGGACUUCGGCGGUGGAGAACGUCACAAAACACCAGGCCAAUGCCCAUUCAAACAAAGCUGGGGAUGUGUUUUAUUACUAUUAUAGAGAGGGCUCGAUACCCGACGAUGAUGAUGGUACGCCGUUGUGGGUGAAACAGAAACAGAAGAGCGCUGCAGCCGAGCCUGUAGUAAAGGCUGAGAUUCCAGAACCUUCUACUUCCCAAUCUGCAGUAGAUCCAGUUACGCCGGUAGUUCCUGUAGAUCUAAAUAUAGUAAAGCAGGAGGUUGAAGAUUUAGAACUAUCUGAGAUAGACAAGGCUGACGAUGAUCUUUGUAAGAAAUUCGGCGAGUACUGUGAGCCAAAAGGUGUGAAGUACAAGUGCCCGCUGUGUACUGCUGUUGUAGAAGACACAGCUGAAGCUAUGCAAUCUCAUUUGUACGAAGAGUUGAAGUAUAGAAAAUGGGCCUGCACCGUCUGUUCUUACAAAGCCUUCCAUAAAACUGGGCUAAACGAACACAUCAAAUCGGAACACCGUAGACACUUUCAAGAGCCGGUCGAACUACCCACAGAUAAGAACGUAGAACAAUGGGUUGCCGGACUGAUAGAGCAUCAAACAAGUCUAAUAGAAAAGGCCAAACAAAAUCCGCCCGUAGAAGACAAACCUUCCACUUCUAAGGGUGUCACUGAUGAAGCAAACUUGGAGGAGCUUAAACAAGCGUUCGGAUCGUUUGGCUCACCGCGCGACUCUCUACUCUGCUGUCCGAAGUGUAGUUGCACUUUGAAGGACGAGGCAGCCAUGAAGGAACACUUGGAAAGCGAACUGAACAAAAUAAGGUGGUGCUGCAGUAUUUGCACGUUUAUGUCGCAGACGUAUCAUGAGGCGCAGUUCCAUUGCAAGAGCCAGCAUUCGGCGAGUGCGUCUCCGCGCGAGGCGUUGCGCGACCCCGCGCGCCGCGCUGCCUGGGUGCGCGCCGUGUUGCGGCACCAGCUCCGCGAGCUCACGCACGAGCCUGCGCACGAGCCCGUGCACGAGUCCCCGGAUGAGUCCGCGCGCGAACCCGCUCACGAGCCUAUGCAUGAAUCCACGACCGAAGCUGCGCAAGAACCCACAAAAGCGUCCGCUACAACGCUCAUCGACACGCCCACAGCCGACUCCGAUGAUAACUCUUUACUGGUAGUUAGGUACGAGGAGCGCGUGUCCUCUACGGCAGAUUUGAGUAAACGAAAAAGAAGCGCACCCGUCGACAGUGACGAAGAGAAACUAGUCAUUGACGAGUCUGAACCGGUCAAGAAGGCUAAGUCUCAGCCUAAAACGUGCCCGCAUUGUGAUUUCAAGACUAAGUGGACUAACGCGUUAAGAGAGCACAUACUGAGACAUUACAAUUUGAAACCAUUUAAGUGCAAAUAUUGCGACUAUAUGGGAUACAGGCCUUCGGUUCUCAAACACACAAGAGCGGAGCAUCCAAAAGAGCGUGUCUGCAUGGAAUCAACGCAGAUCCCAUCGGAACCACCGCAGGUAAUCGACCUGCCGAAACAUCACAUGAAGAAAUCUAGCAUCCAAGAUGAUAUCGCCAAGCAGAUCUGUUUACAUUGUGAGAAACUUGUUUCGGAUAAGGACAUGGAUACACAUAUACAUGAAAAUACGGUGACAGAGUUUGGUAAGAAAGGCGAGGUGGUAGUGAAGUGCUGUAUUUGCCUAGAGUUGCGGUUGGAUGCGCAGUCUUUGCAGGACCAUCACAACUUAUGUCACCCUGGAGUGCCUAUCAACUACGCGUUCUUCAAACUGCAUUGUGAUUCACGAGAGUGCUACUACUGUGGGCACUGCGGCCUCCGGUUCAGCUACCUACGGGAUUUGAGAUCGCACCACAGAGCGACACACAGUGGCGUGCAGAUGAAAUACACCGCUGCCCAUCCAGGCACAGCUAUUGUUCACGACGACUCGGCCAAGAGGAAAAAUGAUGAUGAAUCUGUUGAACCAUCACCAAAACGUGUGGCGAGGAAGUCUACUACCAAACUACCUUUUAACGCAGUCGCUAAGAAGUCAACUACGAAAUUGCCUCAUAGUGUGAGUGAUGCGGACAAAGAAUAUACAUUUUACGGUACUAAAGCUAGUUCGCUGAAUGAGUACGCUAAUGUGACGACCUUGAUGCCGUUCUGUAAUACUUUGGUGCCGUUUACGGUUCAGAAGUUGAGUGAGAUUAUAAAAAUCGAACCUGUUGUGUUGGUGGAUAAUAAUGUACAAUAGUGUGAUAGUAGAGUGGACUAUUGAACCGGUUUUUGUUUUUCUGUUGUCGAUAACAGACUGUAAACUGAUUGUUGUGUUGAGUGAUAUUUGAUUAAUAUGUGUAAUCAUUUCAUAAUUUCUAAGGUAGUGAAUACAAGUUGUAUUUGAUUUAAAAUAAACAAAAGUUGCCAGGAUUAUUUCAAAUUUUGUCAAGUAAUCGGGCAAAUUGUCAGAAUAAUAUCUUAAGCUUUUAUUAUUCUGAAGGUCAUGAUUAAGUGAUUAUAUUUAAUUAUAUCUAGUUGAUUACAGCUCAGCAUAAACAUCUGAUUUGAAGGAAGAAACGCAGUUUUAGUCAAACAUUGCUAAUUAAGAACGUUGGUAAAAUAUAAUCUGUGAUUAUAUUGUAUGAGUGUGCUUUGUGUUCCAUGUGCAUUUAUUGAGAGAAUAAUUAAUAUUUAGAUAUAGCCAAGGUACUUGGUAUCAUAGCUAGUUGCCGACUUUGAAUAAGUUUUGUAUAUAACGUAGAGAGAUAAGGAUAAGGUGUUACUACGUUUGUCUACUUUAUACUUAACAAAUGUUAAACGCAGUAGGCGAGCGAGUACGGGCGCGAGGUGUAAUCAGAUGACACCUACUUAUAAAUAUGAGGAAUCUAGCGUUUAUUACCUAUCUAUUUAUGUAUCUGUUUACAUCUAUAAAUCUGUCUUGUGGAUAAACAAUGUAUCAAUUAUAAUAUAAUUGGUCGAAAGUCAAAACCUUGUUUUAGUUACAUUAAAUUGUAAGAGUAGAAAUAUCACUGAUAAUAAUAACAAAAAAUAUCUCGUAAUUUCAGCUAUAAAGUCGUAUAUAUUGUAUUUUUACCUAAAAGUGAACUGUUCCUCAGUUGCAUUUCUUCAUAAUUAUGACACUAAUGUACUUAGUAUGUAGUGGUUAUGUGUGCCAAAAAAAGUAAAACAUAAAUUUAUGUCUAUAAUAUAGAGUGUAGUAAUUCUGUAGUUUCAGAGGCUAAGAUAUUAAAUAAAGUAAGCACCAUAUUUUACAUAUUAGUCAAACAUGGACCCAGUGUCAUUUAAAUACAUAUAGAUCAAGAUUUCAACUUAGUCAAUAUAUUAGUUUUGUCUAUAGGUCUAGAUUGGUAUUUAUGCAUUUUUUAUACUCUCUUUUUGUCUAACCACAUAGCCCUUUACAAUGUAUACUGUGUAAUGAUCUAAUCUCACAUUUAGAACAUUAUAUAUUUGAGGGCGAUACACAGCUGUUUUCUGUCAUGUUAUGACACAUCUACAUUGCGGUAAUUAGUUUCAGCAUACUUACUAUCAGUCUUACUUAAAAGAAAUUUGUGUUCUAACCAAAAAAAAAAAAAAAUUACUCGACCAACUGUAAGUCAAAACCCGCCAUCUUGCCUCUAAAUAAGGUUUAAACUAGGAAUCGGUGAUUUUUUUGACAGCGGUUCAAGCAAUUCUUAACAACCUCUUAACGCUAAAACAAGUUUAUAAGUAAGACUGUAUAAUAUGUAUAUUAUAUAGUUUAGUGUUAUAGUUAGAUUAUUGCAUUCAAGGUAUAAGUGUCCUGAUUGUAAUAGUUUGCUGUGAAAUGUAACCACCUUAUUUUUAAAUGUUAAGCAAUGUUUUAACCAUUCGCUGUGUAGUCACUUUGAUAGGUCGAAUAAAUUGAAAGUAGAAUUAAAACGUUGGUUAAAUUAAUGAAUAAA